ACUGUGGAAAAGCUUUAAAAAUGUUGGAUUAAACUCCAUUAGACUUCAGUUCAAAGAUCUUAACUUUCACUCAACCACUUUCUUGUCUUCUUGUUGGGCUGAGUCCAUUAGCGUGACUGUACUGAAUCAAAAAGAGACUACCUUAACAAAGGCGGUGGUAAAACCGGCAAAGAAGAAUUCAAGAAGUUGAGAAUAUUUGAAAUGUCGAGUAAAUUUGUUGCGAGCGUACGAGUACGAGUGACAGAUGGUGUUUGGGGGGGUGUUGUUUGACUGCUUGUAAACAACGAAAACAACAAUAAAACUCUAGGGUUGCCUCUUGUUACAUUCUGCAGAAAUGCAAGGCAAAUCGGAUGGAGUUAAUCGUGUUCAAAGGAGUUUCAAAGAUGCAGAAACACUGAGACGUGAGGAAUUGAACCGUCGAAGAUUACUUCGCUUAGAGCAGGUCAGACAACAGUCUAAGGAUGUGGCUAGUCUUGUCCGUCAAAAGGUUCAUAGCGAAAGAGAGAAGCAGCUUAGUUUGGUACAAGACCGUGUCAAUGCGAGAACUCAUCAGUGGCAAGUACGCAAGUUGAAAGAAUUACAGGGGGAGUACAACAAAACCGUACAGAAUGUUGGCAAAAGCCAUGCAGAUGCAGCAAAUCAACCCAAUGAAGAAGCUGCACAAAGAGAGGAAGCUGAAAAGAUUUCAUCAGCUGCACAGAAAAGAGGACAAGAAGCCCUGAACCGCCUGAAGGAAGAGGAAAAAGCUCGCCGCAGGGCCAAUGAUGAGCGGAGGUUUCAAUUACUCAAUGUUCGAGCAGUGGAAGGAGCUCGUUCUGCUGCAGUUGUUGCCCUACCUUGCCCUGAGUCCACUGUGGGCAUUCAAAGCAUUCCACCAAAGGCUUCAGUUUGUAUUGUUGCACCUCCACCAAAAACAUCUGGGCAGAAAAAAAGUAAUAUGCCAGAGUGGCCUAAAAGAUCGUGGUCUCAGCAAGCCUUACCGCUGGGCAUGAUUGAUAAUCAGAGGAACAAUGAAAAGGGUGAUUCAUUCAAAGCUGAAGCCAAUGAAAUGAAAGGGGGGCUAGCCUACAAUGCAGAUUCUGGUUCUCGACCAGUAUCGUCUCAUGGUGAUUCCUUCAAAAGGCUUCUUGAUGAACGUCAAUAUUUUCCUGAAACCACAUCCUUGUCAAAUAGACUAGCAUCUGUCAGGGACCCAGCCACUGCUUUAAAUUCUGAUGUCCAACUAUAUGACUAUAGUAGCUGCUUUCCAAGUCAAUAUGGUAAAACCUCUGGCAUUGUGGAAAAAGUACAGUCAGCAGGAGAGAUAAAUGCAAAAGAAGCUGCUGAUAAAUUUUCUGUGACCUCUGAUUCAAAAUGCAAGCUCAGCACUGCACAGAGAGAUCAGCAACGGGGCAGAGAAGCUCUUCAAAGAGUUCAGGCACAAAGAGAUUAUAAACAUUUCAUGGAUAGUCUUUCAUUGUUAGCAAGGCAAAAUGCUGCUCUUAGUAGCUGUAGUGGUGCACCUGAAAAGCCAUACAUCAAGAUGAAUAAUCAAGAAAGUAAGUUGAAGUUGGCUGUUGAAAAUCUUUUGCAAGAUGCUGAGGUGAAUCCUUGUAACAGUACCCAGGAAGCUGACUCAGUUAACACUCCUGAUGGUUCAUUAAUAGUGUCACAUUUUGGAGACACCCCAGGCAGUGCACCACGUCUAAAUGUUGGACUCUGGCGAGCACAAGACACCUCUACAGAGCAAGAAGAUUAUCAUAAAGUAGACUCUUCUCCAUCAGAUUCCAUCAUCAUUGCACCACCUUCUAAUGUCUUGCAGUCAUUUAGUAAUGCUCAUCAAGAAAACAAUGAAAGAGAAACUGCUUUGAGAAGUCUUGUGCAGAGGAUAAAUGAUGAAAGGCACUCUCUGCUGUCAUCAAGACAGCAGCCAUUGGUUGUUAAAGAAACUCAAGACAUCAACAAGGAGCGGGAUAUUAGAAACUUAGAGGAAAAAGUACUACAGCAACGAAAACAGUUAAAAGUUCAACGGUCAGAAGUGAAGCGUCUAGGUGACAGCAUUGUGGCUCCCGAAUGUAUGAACACACUACUUGAGAAAGAUGAGCAAAACUCAUCUCCUGGCACUUCAUGUACACAUGAAAGUAUUAUAAUUGAGCACUCAGAUCCAUCUUCUAACUCAUCCUCUCACUCGCUUGUCCCUGAAUCCCAUUUGAAAGGAAAAGGAAAAAUGUCUGGAGAAGAUGGAUCUUUUGUUAAAGAUGCUUUGUUCUACAGUAUGGAUGUUUCCAUGUCAUCUGUAAUUAUGGACCAAACUGAGAGCAGCAGUUCUGGUAGUAAGUCAUUAUCUCUUCAUGGUGUACAAGUUCUUGUGAAAGUAUGUGGAACUGAGGAAGGUGUGAGCGUGAGUGGGCCCAUGAGUAACUUUGGUGAUGAAAAAGGAAGAGUGGAGGUAAUUGAAUUAUCUAGUAGGAGUGGAAGCCCAGCUCAGGAAAAUGUAGAUGGACCAAGACAUAUUAAGAUUUCCUCUGGCAGUAUGAAACAGGUUGCUGAAAGCACAAGCCAAAAAAUAGUAGAAGAACAACCAGUUCUUAAAAAAACUAAAAGAAGAGAAAUCAAAUCUGUGAGUGAAAAACCUGAUAUGGCAUGUCAGAUAAAUUCCAGUUCCCAGCAAAUACCAGUAAAGGAAAAGAAACCUAAGCCAGAAAUCUUAUCCAAGCAAGUUUCAAAGGAUGGCAGCAAGAAGAAAACACGUAAAAAGUCAACAAGAAGUGAGGCUGAAAUGGAUAAGAAAUCAACUAAGGAUAAAAUGAAAAUCCGGACAAAAAUAGCGGAAGGUUCAGAAACAAAUGUUGCCGAAAGAACGCAAGAAAAAUUGCUAGAGGACUCUGAUGUGCAAGAGCAUCUAACUUCAACAAGCACUUCGUAUUUGAGUCCUCCUGACAAAGUCCUUUCAUCCUUGACUGAGGAUAUUAAAACAUUGAUGGCACUUGCUCAGCGUAAUAUCUUGCCACAAUCAGGAACUUCAAGCAAUCAAGUUCAACAUGGUGGGCCUCUUGUAACCUACAUCAAUAGACUUCUUGCCAUGAGCAGGGAAAGUAUUGAUCGACUAAAUGUUUCCUGUAGUGAGGUAUCAACUCCUUCCUCUGCCAUUUUCAAAUCCUCUGUAACAGAUGUUAGUCCUUCUGAAAAUACAUCUUUAGCAGCACGGACAGAAGGGCAAUUUCUGCCAUCCAAAAGUAUGCGGCGGGAUGCUGAUGACAGAGCAAAGUUUCAAGAGACUAUCCAUGAUGAAAGUAAGAGUAAACUGUGUUUUUCUGAGCCAGAUGAAUGGUUGUUGCAUUCUGCUUUGUCAGAUCAGGGAGCUCUAACUGACAUGACGAGACAGUGCCAUGAGAAGAUUUCUGCAUUGACAAAAAUGAUUGAAGAAGUAAGAAGGCAGGCUGUGGUGAAUUCAUCCACUGAGGGUGACUCUCUUCUUAGUGGUGACAACCAGUCGAGGAGCACUCUGCAUUUAGACUCAACGGCAUACAUGAGUCCUCCCCCACAUGUCCUGGAGUGGGCAGAUGUAGCUGCCCCUGCCCUCAUUGGGAAUGACAAGGACAGUAGAAUGUCUCUGGACCCUUACAGCAAUGCAGUUGUACAACUUCUAGCCGAUGUACGGAGUCAUAUGUCCUCCAAAGUGACAGAAUUGUCAGAACCCCUGACUGCACCACUGUUCAGAACUCCGCCUCAUGAUGGUUCUAGUGAUAUUGGUGGACAUGUGGAAUUAAAUUACACAAGGCCUAAACCACCAGUCGCAUUUUGGAGGAAUAUUGAGAGAUGUAAUGCUAUGAGUCCUACUGAACCUCAUGAGCUUUCUACCAUUCUUGAAUUGGGUACCACUCUUCCUGAAAGUAUUGGAUCUCACGCAACUGCACCAGCAUCUCCUGCUCAUGGCCUUUCACCUCCAUCAACACCUGGAACUCCUCCUGAUGUCAUUGCUGAACUUAUGCGGCGCAACCUUCUGACAAGCCCUUUUGCAUGGGCCAAGAAGAUGGACAGUGCCCCAAGACAAAGUUCAGGCUCAAGCAGCCCAAUGAAGAACAGUGUGGAUUCGGAUUUGAGCUCUGGAAAGACUGGAGCAGGCCAGUCUGACAUUUCGGCCAGCAGAGAAACUAACACUGUUUCUUUUCAAAGCCAGAAUUCAAGUUCCAAUGGUUCAAAGGACUGGAAAACAAAUAUCUUGAUGUCCCCAGUAGAUUUAUAUUCUUCGGCAGAUGAAGUUGAGGGAGACUUUAGGCGAAUGGGAAUUGGUUGGGUGGGAGCAAUGCUUCGUAAAACUAAGGAGGCGGGGGCGUUGAGCACAACAUCCAGUUCAGAUGGGAGCCCCAUGAAAGUUGAUAACCCUAACUUGAAAGAGGUGUUCAGUUUGCCUGAUGAAGAGCCGAUCCUGAGCAGCUCUGUAACAGUUGCAAUCAGGCAGGGACGUGGCCAUUCUACUCCUAUUAAACAUCCUUCAGAUUUGAGCUCAACUGGAUCUCACUCCCAUUUGGUCUGAGAUGAUCUGAUGCUAGAUGUUUUCAUUUUGUCUAGUCUUAUAAAAAUAUGGUGUAGCUACUAAGUUACGAUAAAUUGCACCUGGGCUUUUCACUCACAAUAUGAGUAAAUAUUUACUGGUGCCAGUUCAUGUAUCAUAAAUUAAUGUCCUCAGGACUAAAUUUUUAAUCAUUUCCAUGCAGCAUUUUGAAGAUGUUCUUUGUUGUAUUAUGAAACUAUAAAAUUAUCUAUAUUGCCAGUUAACAAACUGUUUAUUAUUGUAUUAUUUGGUUGUUUAAGUUUAUCACAAGAGUGUCUAUAAAUAUGGUGAAAAUAAAAAUAAAAUACCAGUGCUUUUAAGC